AUGGUGAAGAAUGAAAUGAUUGGGAGGUUGAUGAGAGAUGCCACCGAUUUGGCGAAGGAGCCGAUUGUUGCUAUUACGAAUUUCCUUGGUUCUGCCACAGCUGGUUUAGAUGACGAUCUUUCUUCUUUCUCUGAAUCCAGUGUUUCUCCUUUAUCUUUUCUUCUCCAAACCCAACGUUCAUUCUUUUUCCUCAUGCCGUGGCGUGACGGCGGCGGUGGGGUACUGGAAGCUUCGUUUGGAUCCAUAACAAGUGACUUUCAAUUACAGUGUGUAUUAUUAAGUGAGGUGCAGAGAGAUGAAAAUGGAGAUGGAGAAGUUGUUGUUAAUUGCGUUGAUGAAGAGUGUGAAGAUAAUGAAAAGAUGCAGAAUGAAGCGUUGAUCUUGAUGCGUGAAGGUUCUGUUCUGUGCAAAGAGGUUUAG